UCUACUUGUUCCCGUCAGAGGCUAUCUGUGUUUGACUGGAUACAACCUUCCCUCCACAUCUGGAUUUGUAUGUGGGCGGGCAGUUGGUGAGGAGUACGCAUGCUCAACAAUUGAUCGGAGUGGCAAAGAUGCGGACAGGGAUCUAGAUAUCGACAUAAUUAUUUGGAUGGUGGAUUGGCUCCACGGAGCGAGAAGAACAUCGGGAAAGUUUUCAUCGGACUAUUCGCCGGACAAGGGUUCCGUUGCUUUGGAAAAUUCACUCCUUGUAAUAAUCGUUGGAGACUGUCCCGGUGAGUGGUCGUGGAGGCAGGGUUUCUGGCAGGACAAAUCAAUUUAAUCUUUACGUUUUCACGCUACUAAAGACUUUGAGUAACGAUCUUAUGAAUGUUUCAUGGAACUUGUUCUACCAUCCAUAUCAGAGAUAUUCAAUAAUUGGGCGUCAGGAAGGUUAGGUGGAUUGUUGUUUAUCCUUCAACAUCAGUGUGUGAGCCUUGUGAGUAGGAUUACCAGCUCUUCUGACAUGAACCCCAACUGUGUGUAACUUUCGUGUCACGACUGUGCGGCAACUCGGAGUAACUUUAUGUGAUAUUGAAAGUGUGAUCAUAUCUUUGUUCGGGCCGUCAAUUCGAGGAGAGUAGCCAAGAUGGGUUUUGUGCCGCCUGAAUUUACGGAGAAGACCACACAAAUGUGGCAAACUUUCAACAGCAAAGUUCAUGAACCUAAACAUCAACGCAAGCUGAUCUUAGUAACUGUGUGUAUAGCCCUCCUUCUGGAUAACAUGCUGUAUAUGGUGAUUGUACCCAUCAUACCAAUCUAUCUUAGGGACCUACGAGGAGACCCUCCGCCAGUAAAAGCAACCAAUUACACCUAUUAUUACGUUCAGCUCUCCACACCAGUGACCCUGGCAAACGGCACAAUGUAUAACGUCACGGAACAGAGGAAACGCCUCAUCAACCUUCCCCCACCCCCAAUAACAUACGGGAAUGAGGGUGGGGCCAUAGGCGUUCUGUUUGCUUCUAAGGCUAUUCUACAGCUCAUGGUGAACCCGUUCACGGGUGGUCUCAUAGACAGAAUUGGCUAUGAUAUACCAAUGAUGAUAGGACUUGUGAUAAUGUUCUUUUCCACGUCAGUUUUUGCGUUCGGGAAGAGUUACUGGGUGUUGUUUUUUGCUAGAAGUCUUCAAGGAAUUGGUUCUGCGUUUGCCGACACUUCAGGACUUGCUAUGAUUGCAGAUCGUUUUACUGAAGAAAAUGAACGUACCAAAGCUCUUGGAAUAGCCCUGGCAUUUAUAUCAUUCGGGUGUCUCUUUGCACCACCAUUCGGAGGAAUUCUUUAUGAAUUUGCUGGAAAGUUAGUCCCAUUUCUAGUUCUGGCAACCGUGUGUUUAAUAGACGGAUUUCUCCUCCUGCUUGUAAUGAAACCAGUGAGACUUGAACGAGCACUGAUCCCCCGAGAGGAGCGCCCAAAAGGUACCCCUAUUCACUACCUACUCCUGGACCCUUACAUCGCAACUGUUGCUGGCGCUCUGGCUAUGUCCAACGUCUCUUUGGCCUUCCUUGAACCAACGAUAUCUCUGUGGAUGAAAGACACACUUGGGGCUGACGAAUGGGAGAUCGGCUUUGUAUGGCUACCUGCGUUUAUUCCACAUAUUUGCGGUGUCUACCUGACCGUCAAGCUGGCCCGGACCUACCCUCAUUACCAGUGGUUGAUGGCCGCCGUCGGCCUUGCCCUUGAAGGACUGUUCUGUCUCUGCAUCCCGUUCGCAAAAGCGUUCGCCGUCGUCAUCGUCCCAAUAAUGGGAAUCUGUUUUGGAAUCGCUCUCGUCGACACUGCAUUAUUACCAUCUCUCGGCUACCUGGUUGACGUCCGCCAUGUCUCAGUGUACGGGAGCGUGUAUGCUAUAGCUGAUAUUUCCUAUUCCCUGGCCUAUGCUUUUGGACCAAUUGUCGCUGGCUCCAUUGUUCACGCUAUCGGCUUCGUCUGGCUCAACGUCGCCAUUUUCAUGAGCAACGUCCUCUACGCCCCUAUACUGGCGUCCCUCCGCAACAUCUACAAGUACAAACCUUUCGAAAACGAAUCGGAUAUCCUGGUUGAUGAUCCCCCGAGCAAGCAGUACCAUACCUACAUGCAAAAUGGCGGUAUUGACGGUAAGCCGACACAGUUGAACGGUGACGCUAUGAAUCACCUGGAAGUCAACAAGAAGCCCCCUCAGUACAGCGGCGAAAUAGAUUGCUACCCUCCCCAACACGAGGCUGACUACCUGUACACGAACAACUCAUCGUCUUACUACCAACGCUGAUAUGGCCACUUUAACCUGAAAGUAAACGUUCCCUAAAACGUUACCAGUGGGAAUAUUCCUCUUCUAAACAAAUCUGUUCAGCUAACAUACUUUAGAUAAUAUGUAUUCCUAGUGAAUAAGGACACAAGCAAACUGUGCUCAGACUGCCCUUACAGCGGUGUGCUUCAUGAAGCCAACAAACACUUCUAUGUCAAUAUCUGAUUGACACACCCUGUGUUCUUAUUCAGUAGACUGACUCUGGCGACAUUCACUGAUGUCCAUUACAUGUCAAUGUCAGACUGACAUCUGCAACAAGGCAUGUACAAACAGUGUUCCUUAACAGCGAGCAACUGUAGAACUCUUCUCAGGAGAACUGUAGUGUAGCUGAUAGAACUAGCAGUUGUUUUACACGAACAACGUGAAGGAAUAACAGUGAUUCUAUUUCAUCAACAUAUCACUAUGUAGAUAUUGCGUCAACUUUUGACACGUCAGUAUACGUACAAAAUAUAAAAUAAAUAGGAUUUGCUUGUAGAAAUCUGUUCUUAAAAAUGAUGUUGAUACGAAUGAUUGACUACAAAUGUUACCGACACAUAUAUAAGAUAGGUGCAGUAUAUUGUGUACAGAGUACUGGUUGUGAACUGGGUAUUUCUCGUCAAAAUCUGUAGUUAUGUUUAGUUGUAAUGGUGAUAAUCUGAAACAUUUGGGAGACAAAUAUUCAUCUUACAUACUUUUAAGGAUGCGUUGUCUAGUUAUUGGGCUUAGACCAAUGUUUUUGUUAUUUUUGUCACAUCUCUUAAACAGUAAUUGUCAAUCUUUCCUUAAUAGCAAAACAAUUUCAAAAUUUGAAAACUAGUGUAGACUUUCGAAUUUUAAUCCAUUUUCUACAAUGAGAAGUAUUUUACGGCAAAUGAGUAGAUCCAGAUCUUUCUAAUAGAUUCAAGCAUGUUCUCAUUAAUAUUUUAUUCAAAUGAAGAUAGUGCUAUUCGCAUAGAGGACAUGGUGUUUGGGAAAAGUUGUUGGAUUGUAGCAAGUUGGUGACUGGUUGUCCGUCCACAGUUGCAGUAGGUAAGCUUUUAAAUACUUUGUUCAAGUUUAAAAUACUUAUUUAAAAUUAUCACUGUUGAAAGUUUGUAAAUACUGCGAUGUUUCGAUGUUGAUGUUAACCUACAGCUCACGUAUAUAAUGAAACACAUCCACAUAGUGUGAUAAGCAUAGGAUGAUAGAUUGUAGAUACAUUUCUUCAUUUUUUUCACUUGAAAUUGUUGACAUGUGUGGGUGUUAUGUGGUUUACAUUGUUAGCAGAUACUAAGUUAUGAUCACAUGUGUAUGAUGCUGUAGAUGAAUCAACACAUAUGAGAUGAACACAUCUUAAUAUGGAAGUGCAAUAAACAUCUGUAAUGAACAGAG